AUGGCGCAUCUUAUCGAGCCUGUUACCUGUCAGCGGGAUGAUCAAGCGUGGCUGAUGAACAACAGCCGCAAGGUAAGCCCGUUGUCAGGCGAUCGUGAGCCUCUGGGCGCGGUAGCCUCUGGGCGCGGUAGCCUCAGGGCUGCCUUCAAGUCAUCGCGGUCAGGCGGAGGGUGCUAG